AUGCUGACCACACCACCCUCCUCCCAGCCACAAUCUCAGUCAGACACCACCACCACCGCCGCCGCCCCUCUACUCUUCACCAUCCACGGAUCACCUAUUUCUGGCCGCGGGGCUUUUGCUGCCUGCGACAUCCCACCUCACCAAGUCAUUCUCCGUGAGCCGCCUCUGCUGCUAGUCACGGCACACACCUCAUUAUGCACGGCGUUUGAGCGGCUGGAUGACGCGGACAAGCAUCUCGCCUUAGGGCUGUGUGCCAAUGAGGAUCGUUACAAGGAUGGCACACCUAAAAUACAGGCCAUCUGGGCGACCAACAGUUUUGCUACGCAGCAGGGACAAGGCGGCUUGUUUCCAGUCUCUGCUCGGUUUAACCAUGCUUGCCGCCCAGGCAGCAAUGUCGACUACUAUUACGAUAACCAAAAUAAUGAGCUUGUGUUAAAGUCGGGAUCACAAGCAAUAAAAAAGGAACAAGAGUUAACAAUAUCGUAUAUGUUAGAUGCCUCUCCCGCACAGCUCUAUGCAGCCUAUGGGUUUCAGUGCAGAUGCGGAUACUGCCCCGGCUUGUCAAAUGAAAACUUAAGGAAGAUGCUAGAUAACUUAUGGUAGCCAUAAUCGCCAGUUGUUUAGCAUCUUGUAUCACCUUACCACCUCCUUAUGCCUGUGGCGCGUAGCAACCCUUCAAAGUUUCUCCGGUGAUGCACAUGAUGGUCAGUCGG